AUGCAUCCAUUCGCACGAUCUCCAGGCAACAAUGUUGAGUAUGCAGCGCGACAUCCGGUCUUCCUUGAAUUUUCCACUAGGAGAUACCCCCACAAAGGACACGGCAUGUCUGUAUUCUUUUUUGUUGCGUAUCAGAAACUGUCUACCAGUUGGGGUCCACUUGAUGGGUCUAGCGCCGGCAGCCAUCCGCACAUCCUAAGCACUUUGUUCAUGUUACGGUACGGACCCCUCAGCAAGUGGCAAUUACAAGAUACGAAGGAUCCAGCCAUUGGUUUGCCGAUUCUCCACGACAUCACUACGAGGCAAAGAUGGCUUUGGAAUCCAGCAAGGCAGGAAUCAAUUUAUCAUCCAGAUGACGAUCAUCUUGGACCUGUGGAACGACAUUUGGCUGGUCGAGAUAGGUGGCCGCCAGCGCCGUGGAUGAGGAAUCUAAACAAGGGCGAACCAUGA